UUUUCUCAAGCAUCAUUUGCUCAAAGCCUUAUCAAACUCUUCUCUUUCCAUACUUUCAUUCAUUGACUCUCCAAAACCUCUUCAAAACACUUUUCUUCUUUUCCUUUUCUUCUCUUUCACCUUUUUUCUCCCUCUCACUUCAAUUUUACCAACAACCUUAAAUGGUGUUAUUAUCCAAAUCAACAUCAGAACAAUUUUCCUAUGUUAGGAACAACAUGCCAACCACAUUUUCCUCAACAAUUCCUCUUGUUGACCUCUCAAAACCAGAUGCAAAAAAUCUCAUAGUGAAGGCUUGUGAAGAUUUUGGAUUUUUCAAAGUCAUAAACCAUGGAAUCCCUAUAGAAGCUAUGUCUCAAUUGGAAUUUGAGGCCUUCAAGUUUUUCUCUUUGCCACUCAAAGAGAAAGAAAAAGGAGGUCCUCCUAAUCCAUUUGGGUAUGGUAACAAAAAUAUUGGACUCAAUCGUGAUGUUGGUUGGGUUGAAUAUCUUCUUCUUACAACCAAUGAAGAACCCAAUUUCUCUAUUUAUGGCAAACAUACAGACAAAUUUAGGUGUUUGUUGAAUGAUUAUAAGAUUGCUAUGAGGAAUAUGGCAUGUGAGAUACUUGAUUUAAUGGCAGAAGGGUUAAAAAUUCAACCAAAGAAUGUGUUUAGCAAACUUGUGAUGGAUAAACAGAGUGACUCUGCUUUUAGGGUGAAUCAUUACCCUGCUUGCCCUGAAUUAGCUUUGAAUGGUGAGAAUUUAAUUGGGUUUGGAGAACACACUGACCCUCAAAUCAUUUCACUUUUGAGAUCAAACAACACUUCUGGUUUCCAAAUUUCUCUUAGAGAUGGAAGAUGGAUUUCAGUGCCACCUGAUCAUAGCUCCUUCUUCAUCAAUGUUGGUGAUUCUCUUCAGGUUAUGACUAAUGGGAGGUUCAAAAGUGUGAGACACAGAGUUUUGGCAAAUGGGAUCAACCCAAGGCUCUCAAUGAUUUACUUUGGUGGACCACCCCUUAGUGAGAAAAUAGCACCAUUGCCUUCACUCAUGAAAGGAAAAGAAAGUUUGUAUAAAGAAUUUACAUGGUUUGAGUAUAAGAAUUCAACCUAUGGUUCAAGAUUGGCUGACAAUAGACUUGGACACUAUGAAAGGAUUGCUGCCUCCUAAUGCAAGAUUAUUAUUAUAGGGUGUUUCACUUGUCAAUACAAAAAAAUAGGGGGAUACAAUACAUACACUAUAAUUAUUAUAAAGGGUCUUUUGUUUUCAUUUGAUUUUCCUUUUUUUUUUCCUUUUUUUUUUUUUUUUUUUUUUUUUUUUUUUUUUUUUUUUUUUUUUUUUUUUUUUUUUUUUUUUUUUUUUUUUUUUUUUUUUUUUUUUCUUUUUUUUUUUUUUUUUUUUUUCUUUUUUGCUACUUUAAGGUUACUUUUAAGUCAUAAUGUGUCAUAGAUAUGAUAGUAUUUAUUCCCCUUUUGCUUCAAUACUCAUGUAAGUACUUUUUUAAGUAAAUGAAACCAUGUGUUUGAUAUGUGUUCAA